UCUAACGACUAACGCGUUCGUGUAUACAAUGAGUUGAUACUUUCGCUUGAGUUAACUCUCUGUCUCAAAUAAUCGUGAGUUUAAUUGAAUAAUAAUACAACAUCCCCUUUCAUCAUCAUCAUCAUCAUCAUCAUCCUACAAGUGAAGCAUUCAACUAAAAAAAAGAAAUAAAAACAAGAAAAAAAAAUUUUUUUUAAAUCGUCUGGUUGAGAAUGAAAUUAAAAUGAAAAAUAUCUUUAUAUUCAUACUCCAAUUUACAUAAUAUUAAGCAAAUGACCUAGGCAUUGGGUUAUUUAUAUCAGGAUCACAAGUGAAGAAUUUCAAGUCCGUAGCAAAAGUGUGUAUGUGAACUAGUGUAUUAAUCAUGAAAAUUUCCCAGUCCAACAUCACAAAAACUGAUGUAAAAAAAAAAACUACUUAAGACAAAAAAUAAAAGACUAGAAUUCUGAUACAUCAUCAGCACAGUUUAGUUGUGAGAUACUGCAUAAAAGUUCACGUUCUACAACAGUUUAAAUUCCCGGGUAAUCCGAGAAUUACAACGUCGACUUUUAGUACAAGCUUUAUUCUCCACUGCUUAGAUGAACCCUCUCGAAAACGAUGAACAUAAAAGUCGAGUGAAAAUUUAAAGUGAAAUGAAAUAGUGAAGAAAAUAAAAAUCAUCAGACAUUUAUCAUAAAUAACCAAACAGUUUGUGCUAAAGAGAAUGAUUGUAGAGUUACGAGGAAUUUAUCUCAAGGAAAAUAUUCAUUGUACCAGAUAGAGAAGUGUAUUCGGCCUACUUGUAAUAAAAUUCGAUUGAGCAAACGAGCGAUCUUUACAUUAAGCUAAUUGAUCUCGCAGGGUCAAUAGCGCAGGGAAGAUGAUGAACCUAUAAUUCAACAACGUGUGAGGACAACGAUAUAAAUGUUAAUAUGUAAAUGUAGACAAUGAUAUUCAACGAACUAGCAGAGCGAAACAGAGCGGAAGAGAAGUAAAUGAGAACUAGCAUGUGAAGGAUAGUACGUCGAUUCAUAUAAACUAUAGAAUUGUUUGAAUUAAGUAAAAACAGUGCACUUCAUACUGAUAUCAAACUCCAAGGACAACGUACGAUAAGAGUAUAUUUAUUUACUUAUAUUUACAAAGCUUGUAUAACAAAAAUCCUUAGAUAAAUUAUUACCUGCCAUAUAUUUAAACUUUAAAUUAUUAAUGACACUGUCAAUGUGCGACCUGAAUAUGUUCUAUUCAUUCAAACACUUGAUAAUUUAUGUCAAAACUUUGUAUUAUAAAAGUGUCGAUAACAAUCAAUUUAUUAAAGGUCUUAAGUAAUACACCCGCAAGUAUUAUUUAUUACACUAAACUACAAGAGAGAAGACAAGUUGGAGAAUUGAGUUAGACACAAGUUAUGCUCGGUUUAGACAUGAAACUAGUCACACGUCUUAGAGGUUUGUCUUUGAGUUCAUCCUCAAACACACCAACGUCAGCAGGAGGUUCAAAUAAUUCAGCAAACAUCACUUCAACCUCAUCAUCAGCAUCAGCUGUCAACAAUUCUCUACUAUUGCCUAAUGACAAACAUCGUCGAAGAUCAAGUCGAGAAAGUGGUGGUAAUGUUAGUCCACCCACUAGUGAUCGAGAAAGUGAUGAAGAGAUUUCUGCACCACCAAGAAUAGUCAGGGAUCGAUCAAGAUCAGUUUGCGUGCCUGUUCUCACAUCAUCACAGCUUAGACACCUUCAUCGUCGUGCCAGUCAUCAUGUAUCGUCCACAGAUACUACAUCAAGACGAGGUGUUCUGUCAAGAAGAUGUUAUGGAAGCGUGGAAAUGUUGCCACAAAUCGAGCAAGAUGGGACAGAAAACGGUCGGAGAUUUCGUGUGGAAAAUGGCGAUUCGCCAGGAGAAAAAGAAGAGAUGUUCGGUUCUCCUAGCACACCUGUAUUAGAAAAUCCUGAAUACCAGACACGUUGGUACUUUAAAUAUUUUCUAGGAAAGCUUCAUCAAAAUUAUGUUGCAUCGGAUCACGAAAGAAAUCCUCUCUUCUUGUCAGUUGUGCUUAGUGAUGGAGGAGAUCAGUGUGUUCCUCAUUAUAGGGUUAUUCUUUGGAGGCGAACCGGGGCACAAAAAAUAUCUUUACCUUACUCGUCAAAUAAAUCGAUGACCGUGAAGCAGAUUUUAAGCAAUUUCUUUGGGAUAGAAAAGUUUGAUAAAGCUCCGCGAGAAAUUUUUUCUCCCGAAAUACAAAAGGAUCUUUUGUUACUGGAGGAGCAAGAGGGUUCAGUGAAUUUUAAAUUCGGCGUUAUAUAUGCCCGCGAGGGUCAGACAUCUGACGACGAAAUGUUGUCGAAUGAGAAGACAAGCCCAGAGUUCGAGAGGUUCUUAGAAAUUCUAGGAGAGAGGAUUCGCCUCAAGGGGUGGGAUAAGUACAGAGGCGGUUUGGAUGUCAAAGGUGACAUGACUGGCAAAGAGAGUAUUUAUACAGUUUACGCAGGUCAUGAAGUUAUGUAUCAUGUGAGCACCUUAUUACCUCAUUCUAAAGACAAUCCUCAGCAAUUGGAACGGAAGAGACAUAUUGGAAACGACAUUGUCAAUAUUAUUUACACCGAUGACCCUACAGUAUUGGAUACCUUCAAUCCCAAUUGCAUAAAAAGCCAGUUUACUCAUGUAUUUGCCGUAGUGACAACCACCGAGAAUGGACAGGGUUGGCGAAUCGCAAUUUACUGCGAUGAAAACGUGCCUCUAUUCGGGCCAAGUUUACCCUGCCCUCCAAUAUUCGAGGACCCCUAUAACUUACGGGAAUUCCUUCUUGUGAAACUGAUCAACGGUGAGAAAGCUACUUUUGAUACUCCAACCUUUUCCCGGAAACGAGAGAGAACUUUGGACACUCUACUUCGAGACAUGUAUCAGGAGCAUACCCAAGAUAGUAAAGGAAACGUAAGUUCUAGUAUGCUGAAUCGUCGUGCACUUUCGGAUGUAGUUGAGACUCCAGGACGUAGAAGAGAAGAGACAAGGGCUGUAGAAAUGGUACGAGUUGGACAAGCUCUCAAACUAGAAGCAAUUGUUCGAGGUCUUGCUCCAACAUCUCUAGCAACCGUUGGUCCACUUAAACCAAGACCAUGGGAGCCAAGAUGUAUAUACCCUGACUUCCAUCAUGAGUUAGUUUGCGGAGAUGUUUGGUCUGAAAAUAAAUUAAUUCUUGCAACUGAGAAUGGAACCUUUUUGGUUGAAGAUGGAUUCUCAGAUAGACUACUUUUCGAUAAAACUGUUCAAAUAAAGCAACUAAGUGUUGUUGAACAACAUGGAAUUUUACUCUUCAGGGCAGGUGAUAAAGGCAAGGAGAGCAACGUUUACGUAUAUCGUCUAUCUGAACUUGAUGGUGAUGGUCCCACAAGUAUUGAUUACAAUUCCUUUGAGGAAGAUGAUGAAGAUAUUGGCAGCUUUGCUUCAACUGCUUCUAAUCCGAGUACUUCUCGUCCGCAUAUUGUUAGGACUCGAUCUCACGUGAAAGAGCGUAAAUUAGACAAGACUCGAGGAUCUAAUUUCUACAGUAUUACGAGACCUGGUGGCUCUCAUUUGCGAAUGUGUGUCGUUAUAGGAAAGAAAUUAACACUUCUCCAAUGGAAGCACAAUGCUGCUUGGACUACUUGGUGUUCAUCUGCUGACACGGACACCAUCGAUGGAUUUCGGUUUAUCAAAGAGUACAACGCUUCGGAGCAACCUUCUAUUGUUACAAUAAUCGAGAGCACAGACUCAAGAAAUGAGUGGAUACUCUGCUGUGGAUUGAAACAUCAUUUCGAAUUAAUUUCUGUUGACGGUGCAACUAAAUCACUUCAUAUGGAAGCAACAAUGAAACCUCACAUUGUAGCAGCCUUAGAUUUAUGCGAGGAUGAAGAGCCAGAACUUUUACUCUGUUAUAACAAUACUUGUCAUUUUCAAAAACUAUCAGAGAACACGGCUGCUUCUACAGAAUUCGAUUUUAACUGGAAUUCAGUGCCAAUUGCUGUCGCUUGUGCCUUUCCUUAUGUUAUUGCAUUUACAGCUGAUACGAUGGAGAUCCGUUUAAUAAUUAAUGGCAAUCUUGUGCAUACUAUUGCAAUGCCAAAUCUCACACUUAUCUCUUCUAAACGAGAUAUCUAUUUUGCAACAACUGCUCCAGAAUUUAUGGUAUCCAAAUGCGAGAGGAUUCGGGUUGAUUCUAAACCUAAUGACAAAGAAGAGAGAAGCAGUAGUCCACCAUCUUCUCAGUCCAGUUUAACAAACUCGCAGAGUGAUUCUAAACCUCUAAGGAUCUACCGAAUUCCACUGCACACUUUAUCAAGGUCAGCACCUUCAAAUUGUACUCAAAGACGUUGUCCAAGUCCUGUCGAGCCAGAAAUAGUAAACGCACAACCUCCGAGUGAUCCUAAUUUUUUAAGUGUUGAGCCACAUCGAUUAUUAAGUCGAUCUUGCAGUAGCAGUCCAACACCUAACAUGGCUGCUUCAUCAGCUAGCACACCAAGUAAAUAAUCAAAAAUAUAAAGCAAAAGUAUUUGAAACCUUUUCUCUACUACCCAAGUGGUGGAAUCGAUUACCAUGUAAAUAUGGUAAGAUUUUGCUGUCAGAAUUUUUGAUUGUCUGUAUGGGAUAGUAGUAAAGUACAAGUGAUUGAUAUGAGAGACAUUGAGGAGGAAAAAUAUAAAAUGUUAUAAGAAGCGGUGCAGUGCGCUGUUUUCUCUCUGAUUUGCAGUCACAACAAAAAAAAAAUACUUUUUAAAAAAAA